GCCCCGCCCCGGCAGCGCGGCCUGUGCGGAGCGGCCGCGGCCAUCCCCGGGCCGGGCAGGUGGAGCCUUUUCCUCCAGGAUGGCAUCGAGGCUGGUUCCCAAAGUGAAUUCCAAGCAGGGAGGAUCUGCAUGCGAGGAGAAGCAGGUGGUGCUGCUCAGCCCCCUGGGCAGGAUCGAGAUCUCGGGCUGUGAGAAGGGCGUGCAUGGAAUCAAACUUCCCAAAACGAGCCUGCUGCCAGGGGGGGCGGAGCCCUCGGCGGGCUGCGAGGUGUGCGAGGGCGCCGAGGAGCUGCCGGAGCCCCUGCGGCAGUGCACGGCCUGGCUCCGAGCCUACUUCUGGGAGCCAGCCAGCACAGGGACCCUGCCCGUGCCAGCCUUCCACCACCCCCUGCUCCAGAGAGAUUCCUUCACCAGGCAGGUGCUGUGGACCCUGCUGAAUGAUGUCAAGUUUGGGGAGGCUGUUUCCUACAAGCAGCUGGCCGAUCUUGCUGGCAACAGCCGGGCAGCCCGCGCCGUGGGGGGAGCCAUGAGGAGCAACCCGAUCCCCAUCAUCAUCCCGUGCCACAGGGUGAUCCGCAGCAGCGGGGACAGCGGGAACUACGGCGGGGGACAGCCGAUGAAGGAGUGGCUGCUGUCCCACGAGAAGUGGCAGAAGGAGAAGCUGGCACAUGGAGGGGGCUGCUAACCAGGCUCGGCACACAACCACGGCUUGGAAGGAGCUCUCUCUCUCUCAGAGCACCCAGCAGAAUUCAGGAAAAUGGUAAAUAUUUGAGUGACACAUAAAUAUAAUGCAGCAUCCAAAGUGAAAUGUGUGGUGGCACCACUAUAUUAAAAAAGCGGGAUGCGUCCUGGGGGAGGCAGCUCGGCUGCCCUUUCUUGUUUUUACAUUUUACAGCAGAAUGACUACAGUGAUCCAGGCCUGUUGUGCAUGGAUUUUGUUCCCAUCUCCAGCCCUGUUUUGUUCUAUUUUUAAUGUCCAUUAAAGCAGGGAUAAGGGAGUGGGAGGGCCGUGGCAAGUGCGAGGUGGAAGCUUCCCCCCGAGGAGCGUCUGGCUCGCGGCGAGUGGCCCAGCCUGGCACAGUGGGCCCUGCCCGCCCCUGCCCAGCUCCCCCUCCCCAGUUUGGGACAUAAAAUGGUUUUUUACCUCAGCAGGAGUUAAAGGAGCACAGUGAAAUCUCUGCACUGUUGAAUUCCUUACUCCUGCCUUUUCUUUUUGGACGGGGAGAUGGGAAUUUUUUUUUUUUUUUUUUUUUUUUUUUUUUUUUUUUUUUUUUUUUUUUUUUGCAUAGAGCAAGGAAGAGAUGAUCCUGACAAAUUCUAUAUUUUGGAUAAGCAGUUUGACUAGCCAAAUUUGGCAAACUACUGAAAAGCUCAUCGUAGUUGUUUCCUUAUCAGCAGCAUGAUCCUUUAUCAUUUGAGUCUUCCUUCAGAUUUCCAUGUUUCUCUGUUUUCCAAAGCUUUAUUUCCCGUAGCUUUUCUGUUGGAAGGAUUCAAGAGACAUUAAAGUUACAUUUUGAGGUGGUUUUAGCAGGGUUCUCUGCCAGUACGAGCCACCAGAAGCUGAAAUUUCCAGUAUGGGAAUCGUAAAUUGUAACAUGGAAAUACUGAUUUUUUUAUGUGUUUUAUCAUAUUUUCAUGGGUGUCUCUUUAGAAAGGCCAUUGCUGCCCCCCCAAAACUGUUGUGUGGCAGUGCGUUAGUUAAUCCAGGAUUAUUGAUACCUCGGAAUUACUUCAAUAAAAAAACUGCUUUGCAUGUGCAA